UCUGAACAUCUCCAGGGGCCCGGCCAUGGCCAGCGCUAACCCUGCUCUGUGGCAGAGGUUAUGACUGUCUUGGGGCUAGUGAGCAGCCUUAGAGACACUUCUGGGGCUACUGAAGAGGGUCAGUGGAUCUGGGAGUGAAUGGUGGCCUGUCAGCUAGGAGGAUGAGGACACAGUGCUGCAGGAGAAGAAACCACUGGCUUGUUUUCCUGGGGCUGGGUGAAUCUGAGCUGGUCUGGUCCUGCACUGGACCUGCUUGUUGGUUCUGAGCUGACAUGAAGCAACAGUCUCGGGUAGGACAGAGAUGUCUUGUCAGUGCUGUGGGUGAGCGAGUGAUCUGAGUGUUCUGUGGCAUGGGCUAGCAAGUCUGUGUUGGUGACAUGCCAGACGCCUGUGUUUAAUGACUAAUGGAUGACCCUGAAGAAGCUAGGAACCUGUCGGGGGUUUUCAAAGUCGGUUCCGGUUUUGCAUAGAGCUUUGACUAUGGCAAGCACCGGGUGGCAGCUGGGGUCUCCGUGGCCGAUGUGGAGGCAGAGUAGUGGCGAGGGGGGCUUUGGACAGCAGUUUUCAGGGCACCGUUUCGUACUGCCUGACACUUGAGAUUCUGACUGAACUCAUUCUCUGCAUAUUUGCCUUGAGGCAUCGGAGCAGUAGUACUGUUUAGACUGUGCGUGCGUUUUCCGGGUGUGGGUAAGCUGGAGGUGCAUGGUGGGGUAAGUAUGUGUCUAAAAGGCAUGGUGACUAGGUAAAACUAAUUUACACUUUUGAGGUAUCUUGUUCUUUUGUUGUUGUUGUUCUUUUUUAAUGUAUGAUCCUUUAAAAAGUAAAAAUUUUGGUAUUAGGUUUGUUAAUUGACCAACUAACACUGGAUGUAAGUUUUAAACCAAAGAGAGCAUGUAACUGAAAUGUCAUGUUCUUAGUCAGAUUGGUGAAUGUUUCAUAGAACUAGCGCCCCCUCCCCCCCAAGAAGAGCUUCUGUCAUUGUCUCCCUACAGGGCUGGUGGCUGCUCUGACCCAUCACAGAAUUCUCUCAUCUAGGUAGAAGAGUAUGCAGCAUUUCUCAAUAAAAAUCAUAACGGGCUUUCUGAAUUCCCCUUUUCUUGAACAAAUGCCAUGGAUUUCAGGGAUUAAAUUUUUACUCCAAAAAAAGUGAUUACAGAAUGCAUGGUCACUGCCUCGAGCGUCUGUUAAAGUCUUCAUCUCUCACUUCUGGUGCAGCACACUGGGGUGCUGACCUGGAGAACUCUUCUAGAAGGCCAUGGAAAGCUGAAUGCCUUUCAUAAUAGGAACACAUGGACACCGCACUCGGCCCCUUUGGGAGGAGCCUCUGAAGGUCAAUGAGCCUGAGAAGCUGUGGGCUUGUCCAUUGUCUCUUUGUGUGAAAAUGAUGAAAAAGUGUAAACAAUAUAGACUUCAUUUUUGGAACCCUAAUUUUGAUAAGUUCUUUUUUGACUGGAAAUUGAAGGAUCAGGCUGGUUUUGAACAAUGGAAUUCGGAGCAGUGGUGAGCAAACCUCCUGUAAGUGGACAUGGGUCCUUUUGAGGAAUAGCCCAUGCUAGAGUUUUGCACAUUUUCUCAUUGAGCAUGAUUUUCAGAUUGGCUUGUUCCCUUCUUACCAAAAUCUUACCCUAAAUUAUAGGCUCUAAACAUGGAACAUGCUCUUAGGUCUCAUCAAGCCUUGGUAGUCAUAUACAGAACAAAUGAAACACAAUCAAGUUGUGUUUGUGUGUGUGUGUUUUUAAACCUGGUCAGUUGAUGCUGACCUCAAAAUAGCCCUAUGUUGGGUGCCUCAGGAUGGUGAUAAUGUUAGCACACUACCAGACUUUCUAAGGGUACAGGCUUUACUAGAAAUGAAGAACCAAAUCACUACAUUUACAGAGAUCCUUCAGGGGCCUUCUUAGACUAAGAUAGUUCUGAAAGGCCAGGCCUGACCUAGAGUUUGAGUCCGAUGAGUUAGCACCCGCCCUAGACCUCCGAGAGAAGGCCGCCCUGUGCAGUCCAUCUCUCAGUGCUAGUUCUGCUGCAGGCCUUGUGGGAGAGGUAAGUUCCCACCCUCCAGCCUCUCCAGCCGCAUGCAGCUCGCUCCACUGAUGCUGUCAGGGUCUGGCCUUGGGGGGCAUGUCUCUGUAGUGGGACCAGUGACAGAAGCUGUUCUUUAGAAUUUUCAGGAUGGCUGUUUUCUGCGGUCAGAAUGAGAGAGUCAAGCUGGGCGGAAUCUCUCGCCAAGAGCUCAGCUUCAGGAGUCCCACCUGAUGAACGCUGCCAGCCUGAUGUACUCCUUCCGACUCUGGAUGCACAUGUGGCUCUGUUGUGUAUUUCUACCGUGUAUAGUUACAAGUUGGAGGCCAGCCGGCCCGUGUGACGGCUCUCCCUGUAUGACUCUGUAUGUUCCCACUCUGUGUUCCUCAUGCCCCCACUAUUGUACAGUGUUUGUGAGAUGCUCUUUAAAGAUGGUAUCCUUAUAUAUAUAUAUUUCAUUUUCAAUAAAAGUACGUUGCUUCCCACUUCUGGUAUUUAAUGCUGUUGCUGAAUGUGCUUGUGUGAGUGUGUGCUCCGGCGUUGCAGGACCUCAGAGCUGGAGGUGGCACUCGUGGUUCUUGGGGGCUGGCUGUCUUCCCUCCCUGCAGGUGGUGUUAGACAUGUGCUACCUGAGGUAACAUGUUUUCGUUUUUGAGAGGAGGGUGUGGGCGUGGGGAGGGCUGGAGGGAGGGUCCUGGAGUUGGCUUUCUUUGCUCUCUUCUGUCCUAUUAAACUGCCCGUGUUUGUUUUCAGGGAUGUUUUGCACUUCCCUCUCUUCCCCGUACAACUGUAGGUACACUGUUCCUUCUUAUCAAAUAAGCACGUGUGUAAGGAUACAGAGAAAGGUCUUGAGUUCCUUUAAAGAAAUGUAGCCAUGUGUGAAGACUCUGGAGUAAGGUCAAUAUUUACCUUUGGAUGACCAUGUGUCUAGAAUUAAUUUCAGCUCAUGAACAGGUUUAUGUUACAUUAGAAAGAGUAAUGGUCACGAUGGCGCCUUCAGGAGAAAAGCAAACGGCCCCUCUGUCCUGCACCUGUGGCGGGUGGCCGGUGUCAUUCGGUCCAACAACACAGUUCUUUCCUGGCUUACACGCUGACCACUGUGCCGCCGUGGAGAGCCUGCUCUUUCUAACCUAACAUAGCACUGUGGCAUCGUGUGAGGUCGCUGUGGGGGACGUUGACAGUGGCCUAUGUUUCUCCCUGUAGGCCUUCAUGGUGAAACAGCUCUUGGAGUACACCCAGGCAACAGAGUCUAACCUGCAGUACAGCUUGCUGUUAGUCCUAGGCCUCUUUCUGACAGAAGUUGUACGCUCCUGGUCCCUGGCGCUGACUUGGGCAUUGAACUAUCGAACCGGUGUCCGAUUGCGGGGGGCUAUCCUGACCAUGGCAUUCAAGAAGAUCCUGAAGUUAAAGAACAUUAAAGAAAAGUCUCUGGGUGAGCUCAUCAAUAUCUGCUCCAAUGAUGGGCAGAGGAUGUUUGAGGCAGCCGCUGUGGGCAGCUUGCUGGCCGGAGGACCUGUUGUUGCCGUCUUGGGCAUGAUUUAUAAUGUAAUCAUUCUAGGACCAACAGCCUUCCUGGGAUCGGCUGUUUUUAUCCUCUUUUACCCGGCGAUGAUGUUUGUGUCACGGCUUACUGCGUAUUUCAGGAGAAAGUGUGUAGCUGCCACAGACGACCGUGUCCAGAAGAUGAACGAAGUUCUCACCUACAUUAAAUUUAUUAAAAUGUAUGCCUGGGUCAAAGCAUUUUCUCAGAGUGUUCAAAGAAUCCGAGAGGAGGAGCGUCGGAUAUUGGAAAAAGCAGGGUACUUUCAGAGCAUCACUGUUGGAGUGGCCCCCAUUGUGGUGGUGAUUGCCAGCGUGGUGACAUUCUCUGUCCACAUGAGCCUGGGCUUCCACCUGACAGCGGCGCAGGCCUUCACAGUGGUGACUGUCUUCAAUUCCAUGACUUUUGCUUUAAAAGUCACACCAUUCUCUGUGAAGUCCCUCUCUGAAGCGUCAGUUGCUGUUGACAGAUUUAAGAGUUUGUUUCUAAUGGAAGAGGUUCACAUGAUAAAGAACAAACCGGCCAGUCCUCACAUCAAGAUAGAGAUGAGAAAUGCCACCUUGGCAUGGGACUCCUCCCACUCCAGUAUACAGAACUCGCCCGAGCUGACCCCCAAAAUGAAAAAAGACAAGAGGGCUACCAGGGCCAAGAAAGAGAAGUCGAGGCAGCUGCAGCACACUGAGCACCAGGCGGUGCUGGCCGAGCAGAAAGGACACCUCCUUCUAGACAGUGACGAGCGGCCCAGUCCGGAAGAGGAAGAAGGCAAGCAAAUCCACACAGGGAGCCCGCGCCUGCAGAGGACACUGUACAGCAUUGACUUGGAGAUCGAAGAGGGCAAACUGGUUGGAAUCUGUGGCAGUGUGGGAAGUGGAAAAACUUCUCUCAUUUCAGCCAUCUUAGGCCAGAUGACACUUCUGGAGGGCAGCAUUGCAAUCAGUGGGACCUUUGCUUAUGUGGCCCAGCAGGCUUGGAUUCUCAAUGCCACUCUGAGAGACAACAUUCUCUUUGGCAAGGAAUUUGAUGAAGAAAGGUACAACUCAGUGCUGAAUAGCUGCUGCCUGCGGCCUGACUUGGCCAUUCUCCCGAACAGCGACCUGACUGAGAUUGGAGAGCGAGGAGCCAACCUGAGUGGUGGACAGCGCCAGAGGAUCAGCCUUGCCCGCGCCUUGUAUAGUGACAGGAGCAUCUACAUCCUGGAUGACCCCCUCAGUGCCUUGGAUGCCCACGUGGGCAACCACAUCUUCAACAGUGCCAUCCGGAAGCACCUCAAGUCUAAGACGGUUCUGUUUGUUACACACCAGUUACAGUACCUCGUUGAUUGUGAUGAAGUGAUCUUCAUGAGAGAGGGCUGUAUCACAGAAAGAGGCACCCAUGAGGAGCUGAUGAACUUGAAUGGAGAUUAUGCCACUAUUUUUAAUAACCUGUUGCUGGGAGAGACACCCCCUGUUGAGGUUAAUUCAAAAAAGGAAGCUAGUGGUUCACAGAAGAAAUCCCAAGACAAGGGCCCCAAACCAGGCUCAGUGAAGAAGGAGAAGGCAGUGAAGUCAGAGGAAGGGCAGCUCGUGCAGGUGGAGGAGAAAGGGCAGGGCUCGGUGCCUUGGUCUGUCUAUGGUGUCUACAUCCAGGCAGCAGGGGGGCCCUUGGCUUUCCUGGUCAUCAUGGUCCUCUUCAUGCUGAACGUGGGCAGCACUGCCUUCAGCACCUGGUGGCUGAGCUACUGGAUCAAGCAAGGAAGUGGGAACACCACGAUAUUUCAAGGGAACAGGAGCUCCGUGAGUGACAGCAUGAGGGACAACCCCUUCAUGCAGUACUACGCCAGCAUUUACGCCCUCUCCAUGGCCGUCAUGCUGCUCUUGAAAGCCAUUCGAGGAGUUGUCUUUGUCAAGGGCACACUGAGAGCAUCCUCCCGGCUCCAUGACGAGCUUUUCCGAAGGAUCCUUAGGAGCCCCAUGAAGUUUUUUGACACUACCCCAACAGGAAGGAUUCUGAACAGAUUUUCCAAAGACAUGGAUGAAGUGGACGUGCGCCUGCCGUUCCAGGCCGAGAUGUUCAUCCAGAAUGUGAUCCUGGUCUUCUUCUGUGUCGGAAUGAUCGCAGGAAUCUUCCCAUGGUUCCUGGUGGCAGUGGGGCCUCUUCUCAUCCUCUUCGCAGUCCUCCACAUCGUCUCCAGGGUCCUGAUUCGGGAGCUGAAACGCCUGGACAACAUCACCCAGUCUCCUUUCCUCUCGCACAUCACGUCCAGCAUACAGGGCCUCGCCACCAUCCAUGCCUACAACAAAGGGCAGGAGUUUCUACACAGGUAUCAGGAGCUGCUGGAUGACAACCAGGCUCCUUUUUUCUUGUUCACUUGCGCGAUGAGGUGGCUGGCAGUGCGGCUGGACCUCAUUAGCAUCGCCCUGAUCACCACUACCGGGCUGAUGAUUGUCCUCAUGCAUGGGCAGAUCCCCUCGGCCUACGCGGGCCUCGCCAUCUCCUAUGCUGUGCAGCUAACAGGACUGUUCCAGUUUACAGUUAGACUGGCGUCUGAGACAGAAGCCCGAUUCACUUCCGUGGAAAGGAUCAACCACUACAUAAAGACCCUGUCUUUGGAAGCACCUGCCAGAAUCAAGAACAAGGCUCCUCCCCCUGACUGGCCUCAGGAGGGAGAAGUCACCUUCGAGAACGCAGAGAUGAGAUACCGGGAAAAUCUUCCUCUGGUCCUCAAGAAAGUGUCCUUCACCAUCAAGCCCAAGGAGAAGAUUGGCAUUGUGGGCCGGACAGGGUCAGGGAAGUCCUCUCUGGGAAUGGCCCUCUUCCGUCUGGUGGAGUUAUCCGGAGGCUGCAUCAAGAUCGAUGGAGUGCGAAUCAGUGACAUCGGCCUGGCCGACCUCCGAAGCAAACUCUCCAUCAUCCCUCAGGAGCCAGUCCUGUUCAGUGGCACUGUCAGAUCAAAUCUGGACCCCUUCAACCAGUACACGGAAGAGCAGAUCUGGGAUGCUCUCGAGAGGACACACAUGAAGGAAUGUAUUGCCCAGCUACCUCUGAAACUUGAAUCGGAAGUGAUGGAGAAUGGGGACAACUUCUCAGUUGGGGAGCGGCAGCUGUUGUGCAUAGCCAGGGCCCUGCUGCGUCACUGUAAGAUUCUGAUUUUGGACGAAGCCACAGCUGCUAUGGACACAGAGACGGAUUUACUGAUUCAAGAGACCAUCCGGGAAGCGUUUGCAGACUGCACCAUGCUGACCAUUGCCCAUCGCCUGCACACAGUUCUGGGCUCCGAUAGGAUUAUGGUGCUGGCCCAGGGACAGGUGGUGGAGUUUGACACCCCAUCGGUCCUUCUGUCCAACGACAGUUCGAGGUUCUAUGCUAUGUUCGCCGCGGCAGAGAACAAGGUGGCUGUCAAGGGUUAACUCCUCCCUCGGUGAAGUCUCUUCCUCUGAGCAUCGCCAUUCUCCUGGUUUGGACCCCUCAUCCUGCCCUGCUGAAACUUUGCCUUUCCCAGUUUUAUCUCUCACACAACAGUUCAGGACUAGCUGUGUGUUUCACUUUUAGGGAAAAUCAUAUUUUGAUUAUUGUAUUUAUUCCCUAUUCACGUAAAUGAAAUUUAGUUUUUGUUCUUAAUUGCACUCUUAAGAGGUUCAGGGAACCAUUACUAUAAAUGUAUCAGUGGCCUAUAAUGAAGCUUUAUAUGUGUAGCUAUGUCUAUAUAUAAUUCUGUACAUAGCCUAUAUUUACAGUAAAAAUGUAAGCGGUUUAUUUUCUAUUAAAAGCGAGCACUGUCUAACA